AUGGAAGCUACAGACAAAAUCGACUGAACCUCACAACACUUUUGGUACAACCAAUUUCUGCAGUGCUUGCCAAAAAACUUGUUUCCUUACCUGAGGACACGGUACAAAAAGAUAGGUGUAUACCCCUCCAGCUGCCAGCUACAGGCAAAAAAAUAAUCAGUUUGAGUAUUCAAUCGGUCACAACUUACAAGAAAAUUUCUAAUGUUAUCGGAUAUUUAAAAGGCACCACAUUCCCUGACAGAUAUGUCAUCAUUGGUAGCCGUCACAAUGGUUUGAAUACUUAUGGUGGACAAGAAUGGGCCAGUAGCACUGCUAUCAUCACAGCAUUUAUACAAACCUUGAUGUUGAAGGUUAAGAGGGGCUGGAGACCUGACCGGACCAUCGUUUUCUGCUCGUGGGGAGGAACAUCCUUUGGGAACAUUGGGUCAUAUGAAUGGGCAGAGGGUCUCAGGAGAGUUCUUCAAAGAAAUGUUGUGGCUUACGUUAGCCUCCAUAAUCCAAUCAAAGGCAACUCAACUUUACACCCUGUUGCAUCCCCUUCUCUUCAGCAACUGGCAGCAGAGAGCCAGAGCUUCAACUGUGUGGAAAAGACUAGAUGUCCAAGAUCCAAUGUCAGUUCUGUGCAGAUACAGGGAGACUCAGAUUAUUUCAUCAACCAUCUUGGAGUACCUGCCACGCAGUUUUCUUAUGAGGACAUCAAAACAUCAGAGAAUUCUAGCUUUCUCUCCGAAGCUAUUUUUCCUGUAUAUACAACAAAAACUGAAGAGCUGGAUCCCUCCUUUAGCCUGCAUGAGACCAUUGCAAAGCUAACAGGACAAGUGACUUUGCAAAUUGCCAAUGAACCAGUUUUGCCGUUUAAUGCCCUCGACAUCGCAUUAGAAGUUCAGAACAGUCUUAAAGGUGAUGAAGUAGACGUUCCUCAGUUGCUUACAGUGGCAUCACGUCUGAGGGACACCGCAGAGUUGUUCCAAUCGGAUGAGAUGCGCCCAGCUAAUGACCCCAAGGAGCGAGCUCCUGUCAGAGUCAGGAUGCUCAAUGAUGUGCUACAGAGCUUGGAGAAAAGCUUCCUGGUUCAUCGAGCUCCUCCAGGACUUUACAGAAAUAUCCUUUACAGACUAGAUGAAAGGACAAGCCAGUUUUCAGUACUGCUAGAGGCACUGGAGCACUGGAAACUACAUCAGUCAAAUGAGACCCUUCAAGCAGCCUUGUCAGAGGUGCUGAACAGCAUCAAUUCAGCUCAGGUUUACUUCAAAGCAGGACUUGAUGUGUUUGAGACUACCUUAGCUGGAAAGAAAUGA